AUGUCGGGCUUCAUGGCCAAUCUGUUCCCCGGAGGGGCCAGAGACACCCACGCCGCGUCGCGACCGGAGACGCCCACGAGAAACAGCUUCGUCAACCCAUCCAGCACGCCUCAGGGCAGCCCCAGCAAGAGAACACUUCCCCCUGGAGCUCAUGAACUGCCUGACGCAUUUGACAACGCCCUCAAGCUGAACACGCCUGUUCUCGAACGGCCCAGACUCGAUCGCCCGCUGAGUGUCAUCACCACCCCCCAGUCCACCGGAAGGGGCAACGAAAACAGCCCGAAUGUAGAUGAGAGCGUGUUGCACAAGGGGGCCAUCUCCACCGGCAGUCCCUUGAAAAAGUCCCACGGACAGGAAAAUACUCCUCCCAUUCCACGCCUUGGGGGCAACGACUCUCCUUACCAGCAAAGCCACGCCGCCAUCUCUCGCCACGAGUUGUACCAACCCAAAGAGAAGGCUGUGACCCCCAGGAACAAAUUCAACACCCAGAGAGCACUGACCCCCGAAGAGCUGGAAAUCCUUCAGCGCCCCAAUGUCCGAAGACUGGUCAACGUGACUCAGCUCUACUUUCUUGACUACUACUUCGACCUCCUGACGUAUGUCGGCUCCAGACAGAACCGCCUGACUGCGUUCCAGUCGGAAAUUCCGCCUCCGCCCGAGACGGAUGAAGCGACGUACAAUCAGAUGUGGCAGAAGUACAAGGGCCGAGAGCGCGCCAAUCUAAGAAAGAGACGCGUUAGGCUUCGGCAGGGUGAUUUCCAGAUCCUGACGCAGGUCGGACAGGGAGGUUACGGCCAGGUCUUCCUUGCCCAGAAGAAGGAUACACGCGAGGUUUGCGCCCUGAAAGUGAUGAGCAAGAAACUGCUCUUCAAACUGGACGAGGUCCGCCACGUCCUGACAGAGCGUGACAUCCUCACCACCGCCAAGAGUGAUUGGUUAGUCCGUCUGCUUUACUCUUUUCAGGAUGACAAGAGUAUCUAUCUUGCCAUGGAGUAUGUGCCGGGUGGAGACUUCCGCACCCUGUUGAAUAACACUGGUGUCUUGAGCAACCGUCAUGCGCGAUUCUACAUCGCCGAGAUGUUCUGCUCAGUUGAUGCCCUUCAUCAGCUAGGCUACAUCCACAGAGACUUAAAGCCGGAGAACUUCCUUGUUGACUCAACCGGACACGUCAAGCUCACUGACUUCGGUUUGGCUGCCGGCAUGCUCGCUCCAGCCAAGAUCGAGUCGAUGCGAGUACGCCUCGAGAAGGCUUCUGAGACAUCGGUGCCGUUCGGAAAGCCGAUGGACAAGCGAACAGUGGCAGAGCGACGCGAGGGAUACCAGACGAUGCGAGCAAAGGACACGAACUACGCCAAGUCCAUCGUCGGCUCACCUGACUACAUGGCGCCCGAGGUUCUUCGAGGAGACGAGUACGACUACACGGUAGAUUAUUGGAGUUUGGGUUGCAUGCUGUUCGAGGCACUAACGGGAUUCCCUCCCUUUGCGGGCUCCACCCCUGACGAGACUUGGCGGAACUUGAAGCACUGGAGAGAGGUUCUGAAGCGCCCCGUCUGGGAGGACCCUAACUACUUCCUAAGCAACCGCACAUGGAACUUCAUCACGACUUGCAUCAACUCCCGGUCCAAGCGCUUCUCAAACAUCAAGGAGAUCUUCGAUCACCACUACUUCGCUGAGGUUGACUGGGACACCUUGCGUAGCACCAAGGCUCCAUUUGUGCCCGAGCUCGAUUCGGAGACCGACGCAGGAUACUUUGAUGACUUCACCAACGAGGCCGACAUGGCCAAGUACAAGGAGGUCCAUGACAAGCAGCAGGCACUGGAGACCAUGGCGGAUCGCGAUGAUGAAAUGGGCAAGAGUCUCUUUGUCGGCUUCACGUUCCGUCACCGCAAGACUACGGACGACGCCAGUCCGCGCAAGCCGAUACCGUUCAAGGAGGAGGAGGACACCUUUGGCACAAUGCUGUAG